AGGAGCCUUCUUCUUCGCAUUUGCUCCGUCACCACUCAUCUCCAGCAGAAUUGGUCUCCUGGCAGGAUUGGGCACAAGCUGAAGCGAAGGCACGGCGAACGUCGUCUGCCCAGGCAUGGUUGGUGUUCUUCUUCGUCAUGCUGGAUGCUUCUAAAAGCCUGGCUGUUUACCAUGCAGCACGACAAAGUGAGAUGUGUGCACCAUUGGUGAUUGCCGUCAAGAACGGCCUGUCCAUAGCAUUUGGUCUCCUCCUGGCUACGUGCCGUGAUGGCUUGCCGGGACUAUGGCAGUGCUUGGAUUUGCAACGGGCAAUGAAGGUCUUUCCGAUCGCCGGUUCGUUUGGAUUGGCGCAGAUUUUUGCGAUGAAGGCGCUCCGCUUUUAUGACCCUGGGAGCCUGAAAGUGAUCGCACAGGUGAACGUGCCUUUGACUGCGCUUCUGUCUUGGCUCCUUUUGGAACGCAGAUACUCUUUGAAGCAGUGGCUGGCAAUUGCCCUACUUGGUGUAGUGGCGAUGGCAUUUCUCCAGGUUCGGAUGCUUUUCUUCCAGCCCAGUGGAUCCGCUCCACAGAAUGCCACUCCUGAAGACGGAAGGAUGUCGGCGAAGGUUAUGGGAAUGCUAUACUUUCAGUUCGGCAUCGUGCUCUCUUGCCUUGCAUCCAUUUUCGCAGAGAAGUUUCUGAAGGACCGAUGCGAAAUGCAGUUUUACAUCCAGAAGACCAACUUGAUGUUCGGCGAGCUUCUGUGUGCUGCCUUGACUUUUUACGCGAACACCGCGAGUACCUCGGAGGACGGUGGCGAUGGAACCUGCUCUUGGGAGCAGAUCCACACACCGAGCUGCUGGCAACUGGCAGUGAUUUUCCUGUGGUUGCUCCAUGGUUGGGUGGCUGGUCUGCUGGUGAAGCGGAGCUCAGCCUUGGUCAAAAAUGUGUCACAUAUUCUCUCAACUGCGAUCACGUAUACUUUCCCGUUGCUCUUUUUGCCGGGUACUUUACAGCACUCCUUGCCUGUGACUCUGUCAGCACUACUUGUGCUAACAGCUGUCAUGCUCUUCGCUGCUGCUCCACCGGAGUCCAAGCAGCCAUCAAAACCUUUGCGGCGGGCCACGCUCAGCGAGCGACCCAUGCUGCGCUCCACAUCGGAGAGCGGGUUGAAAAACAUCAAAAGACAGAAGGAAGCCGAGCAGGUUCAGGACAAAACCGCGCAUAUGGAGGAAGGCAAGCGCGGCACCGGCUCUGAGCAGCCCGUCGCCUACCGUCCGGGAUCCAAAGAGAUCAUCGCCACGGAGCGACCAAUACCGAAGACUUUGAACCCUCCGUCCAGAGGGUUAUCACCGGAAGCUCUACGCACAGGGCAGACUGUGAACGGACUUUGGCUGGUGGUGUCAUGCUUCAUCAUUUUGGACGCCUUGAAGCCGAUCCUGGUGACUUGGGCAAACACAGCACAUGCCGUAGGUGAGCCCAGCUUUAUCCAAGGCACAUUCGUGCUGGUGCAGACAGCGCUGUCUUUGCUUGUGGGCCUUGGUAUUGCGAUGGGGCCACAUAUCUCCUCCGACCUCAGGGUGAGGCUUCGUGAUGAUUGGCGGCCUCGUGUGCUUCGGUGCCUUGAUCCUAAGGCUGUGACCAGACAGCUGCCAGUCUCCUUAUGCCUCUGUUUGAGCAAGCUGUUUCUGGUCUACUCUUUGGGCCGUUUAGAUGCAGGUACUGUUCGAGUCUUUGGACAAGCCAGCUUGCCGCUGGUGGGAGUGAGCACUGCACUCUUCUUCAAGCGAAGAUACUCCUUGCAGCAGUGGUGCAGCCUCGUGGCAGUCUCCCUAGGGCUUGUGACCUUCUACUUUGUGAAGGCAGAGGCGCAGCAGCAGGUCGUCAUCGUGGAGGAAUCUUGGUCACCCAGGAGGAUAGAGUUUGUGGGCAUCAUGCUUGUGCUCGGCUCAAUUUGUUUCAACUGUCUUGGAGCCCUCCUUGUGGAGAACUUCUUGAAAGCCAAGGGUGAACUCUAUGAACAAAAGGCCCAACUUCUGCUUGGAGAAGUCGUGGUGAACUCCAUCCUAGUCUUUGUCGGGCCGCUCUUCAUCACCGACCUGGAGGUACGGGCAAUGAACUCACCCUGGCAGAGAGGCUUUUUUUCUGGCUGGGAUGGUCGUGUUUUAGUUUGUGCCAUUCUGUGGAUCCCUGCUGGAUGGACCGCUACAAUGCUGGUGAAGCGUUGCUCGAACUUGCUGAAGACUUUGGCACAAGCUUUUUCCUCUGUUUUGACUUAUGUCUUCAGCGUGGUUCCUCUAAGCAGUGGGCCUCGCACCUGGGCGCACUUCGUCACCAUGCUGGGCCCACCAUUGACACCGGAGCCUGUGUCAUCCCCUGUGGUGUUGCUGGCGAUCAGUGUGAUGAUCUCGGCACUGACCUUUGGGGCAGACCGGAGAGAGCUUGGGUUUCCAAGCUCUGGGAUUCUGUUCAUCGGAGCAUCGCGGAGCAUUCACACCCAGCAGCACCAUUAAAGAGGAAGAUGGAUUGACUGAACCCACGUGGACUGGUCGCAAUCAGAGGCCAAAGAUCUCCAACCGGAGGCAUACAGACCAUCAAGAGGUGCCGGAAAAAUGGAAAGUUGACUCUUCCUACCUUCAGGUUCGGCCAAGAUCCCGACAAAUCAGUGAGAGCAGUGGGCGUUGAGUCAAGCAUCCAACGAAUGGGUGCUUGCCUGAUGGGUUUUGGCUUUGACCAGAUACAAAGACACUUUCGGACCGCAUACAGUUUGGGUGUGUUUGUGUGUUGACUCAG